AACUCCCAUCGACAUUUCGUAACGGGACUAUACUUGAAUUUAAAUUUCUCCCCUCCAUGAAAACGAGUCAUCAGCUUUCACCAUGGCCACAGCGAUGUUCGCUCGAGUUACUUUCUAUCCCACACUCCUGUACAAUGUCCUGAUGGAGAAGGUGACGAGCAGGCGAUGGUACGAUAGAAUGGAUGAUACUGUUAUCCUGGGUGCCUUGCCUUUCCAAACGAUGACUAAACAGUUGAUUGAAGAAGAAAAUGUAAAAGGAGUCGUUUCUAUGAAUGAAACGUACGAGUUGAAGAUAUUCUCGAAUGACGCCGAGAAAUGGCGGGAACACGGUGUCGAGUUUCUCCAACUGGCCACGACUGACAUCUUCGAAGCCCCUGACCAGGACAAGCUUUAUGAAGGCGUACGAUUUAUUAAUCGCUUCCUACCAAGUGACAACAAGCCGGCCACGGAGCAGGGUCGAGUGUACGUACACUGCAAGGCAGGCCGCACGCGUAGCGCUACCCUCGUCGGCUGCUAUCUCAUGAUGAGAAACGGUUGGUCGCCACAAGAAGCAGUAGAACAUAUGAAAGCCAGACGUCCACAUAUACUCCUUCACACGAAGCAGUGGCAAGCACUCGAUAUUUUCUACAAAACACAUGUACAGACAUAACCAUACUGUUGUAUAGAUAAUAUAUAGAUAUAUUAACAUAUA